AUGUAUCAAAAAUUUAUAAAGAAAAUCCUCUCUCUGCAAUUAUUGACUAUUAACGAAAUAGAACAAUUAUGUGAGAAAGUUAUAGAAAUACUUAUUAAAGAAUCAAACUUUCCUAAUAUUUCAAGCCCGGUUUCGGUGUGUGGCGAUAUACAUGGCCAGAUAUUUGAUUUGGUAGAUCUUUUUCGACGAGAAGGAGAUCCUAGCAAACAAAAAUAUAUAUUUUUGGGUAAUUAUGUCGAUCGAGGAGAAUACAGUACUGAGUGUAUAUUCUUGCUUAUAAUUUAUAAAAUUUUAUAUCCAAGUAAUAUUUUUUUAGUGCGAGGUAAUCAUGAGCAGAAAAAUAUUUCAAAGACUUAUGGCUUGUAUCAUGAAACACUAAAAAAGUAUAACGUGAAUAUUUGGAGACUUUUAUGCGAGGUAUUCUCUUUUUUUAAUAUUGGAUGUAUCGUAGACGGAAGAAUUUUUUGUGUGCACGGAGGAAUAUCUCCUAAAACUAUAUCUUUAGAUAAAUUAAAAAGAUUAAAUAGAUUUGUAAUUAAUGCGAACAAUGAAUAUGAAGAUAUUUUAUGGAGUGAUCCACAUGACGACAAGGGAUUUAAGGAAAGUAAUCGACACAAAGGGUUUCUUUUUGGCGGUGAUGUUAGUAAUAUUUUUUUGGAGUGUAACGAUUUGACGAAUAUAAUAAGAAGUCAUCAAUUCGCUUUUGAAGGCUAUAAAUUUCAUUUUCCUGAUCGAAAUGUCGUAACUGUUUGGGGUGCACCUGAUUAUUUAGGCAAAUUUGGUAAUCCAGGCAGUUUUAUGAAGGUUGAAGAAGAUUUAGAAAUAUCUUGUCAACGAUUAGUUAUUUAUAAUAAUGCAAUAAGGAAUGUAGAUAAUAUGAAGGACCUUUAUAGUGAGAAAUAUUAA